AUGGGCUGGUUUUGGGCCGACGAGGCUUCCGCGCCGGUGGCCACUCCAGCAAAGAUUCGGACAGAUACGUCCCCUCCGCCUGGUUGUCCCAUGCAUAAGAAACCAUCCGUACCAAAGCCUGCCGCUCCUCCAUCCACCGAGUCCUCAUGUCCAUACACUCCUCCUGAUCGAACCUCGCCUUCGGGCUCAACACCCCUCUCCUCCAUGCCUAUUCCUCCCACUCCUUCAGAACCUGAACAAAAGACAUCCUCUCUCUCCAAACUCAACCCUCUAAACUGGAUGCCCUAUCAUCUUUCCUCCGAACGCGCCCCGAAUCAAACGGUCGCUCUUCCAAUCAAUCGUGAAACCUCCUCUAUUCCGAAAGGCGAUCCAGGCACCGGCAACUGGGAAUACCCCUCCCCACAGCAAAUGUACAAUGCUAUGUUGCGAAAAGGCUUCACCGACACCCCCGCCGACGCCGUCGAAUCGAUGGUCGCGGUCCACAAUUUCCUAAACGAAGGCGCAUGGGACGAGAUCCUGGACUGGGAGCGGCGGUUCGCUCGUGGCUGGCUCCCCGGCGUCCAGCAAUGUUUCCGUGGCGGAGCAGCCAUCAGCGAGGAACUCUGGGACGAGAACAAAGACGGCGCCGUCCCCCGACUCACACGAUUCAUGGGCCGCCCCGAGGACCUCACGCCCAAGGCGCAGAUGAUGCAGUGGGCGUCCCAGGUGGCGCCGGGGCAGUUCAGCGGCGAGGCCCCGUUCGAUCGACAUGAUUGGUUCAUCACGAGAGAAAUGAAAGACGGGACGACGAAGGAGGUGAGGUAUGUCAUUGAUUACUAUGAGGGAGCGCCGGAGGAGAAUGGGAUGCCGGUGUUUUUCUUGGAUGUCAGACCGGCUGUGGAUACACCUAGCGCCGCAGUCAUGCGAAUGAUGCGGUGGAGCGGUGAUGUGUGGUGGAAGGCGAGUGGUGGUGAAGCAAGGUUAAACGCAACAAAGAACGAAAAAGAGGUGGAUUGA